UUCGUGCAGGUUUCAGGAAGCCUCGUAUACAUCAUGCGUAUCUAGAUAAUUUAAAAACAUGGCUACCAUGUGAAGAUAGAUUGGUUGGUUUGCACGCUGUAAACAAGUUUGUGUUUAGUUUACCAGGCCAGUUUUGUUUUGCGUCGACGGUUGCGCGAGUCGCCGAGCGGCGGUAGCCCUCCUGAGAUGCUGAAGCUGGUGCCGAGUAACCUCUGAGAAGCCCGAAUAGCUGUCGGGAGUGAAAGUCGCGCGAACUCGCGGUAGCUCAAAUUCUGCCUUUCCUUGUGGACUACUUCGACGUCCCGCUCCCGUUGCGGAUUAUAUCCGGUUGAGUUAUCGCACUGCCACAAACCACCGACGUACGUCGCCGGUGUACAACAACGAUACGAUCGAGGGAUCGUCCCGGGAAGGCUGCACGCGACAGCUUAUACAUGAGUUUUAUCGCUCGCAAGAACACAAUUCUCCAAAGAACAUCCAUGGAUACCGCAGACUUCGAUACCAUUAUACGUCAUACGAGGACCAUAAUCCACCUGGAUGUUGAUUGCUUCUACGCCCAAGUGGAGAUGCUUAGGCAUCCGGAAUUCGAGGGGAAGCCCUUGGGCGUGCAGCAGAAGAACAUAGUGGUCACUAGUAAUUAUCUGGCCAGGGAGUACGGUGUGAAGAAAUGCAUGCAGGUGCAGGAGGCUUUGCGUCUCUGCCCGGGGCUGGUCCUGGUGAACGGAGAGGAUCUGACGAACUAUCGUCACUAUUCCACCAAGAUAUCCGAGAUCUUGCAUCAGUUCACGCCGUUGGUGGAGAGAUUGGGCUUCGACGACAAUUUCCUCGACGUGACGCUGGUAGUGGAGAAGCAUCUAAAGCCUCAGAACGACUCCGAGCUCGACAUGAGCAGCUCGAGCGUGGACGAAGAGCUGAAGGAGUCGGUCGUUAAGAUAUUCGGCCCGUCGGAAGAGGAGUGCCCGUGCGGGUGCCACGUGCGCCUGAUGAUCGCCUCCAAGUUGGCCGCCGAGAUCAGAAGUCGUAUCUUCCAAGAGCUGCAUCUCACGUGCAGCGCUGGGAUAGCGCACAACAAGUUGCUGGCGAAACUGGCUGGAUCCCUGAACAAGCCGAAUCAGCAGACGCUCGUCUUUCCGUGCGGCGGCCCGAUGUUGCUCUCCGCCAUGGGCUCGGUGUCCAAGAUACCAGGCGUCGGGCAGAAGACAACGGAGUUCCUGCUGUCGAACAACAUAAGGACGGUGGAUGACCUGCGCAGAAUACCACUGGAGAAUCUGGAGCUUAAGAUCGGCGUCGACCUGGCGAGGAAGCUGAAGGACAACGCGGAGGGCAUCGACGAGACUGCGGUGAAACCGUCCGGGAAGAAGCAAUCCAUCGGUCUAGAGGAUGGAUUCAAGAGCGUGUCGCUGGUGGCCGAGGUGGAGUCGCGACUCGGCGGGCUGCUGAGACGACUGACGGAGAUGGCGAUGGAGGACGGCAGGAUCCCCGUCGGCAUGAAGGUGACCGUGCGGAAGCACGACCUGAACAAGCCCACCUCCGGCAAGCGAGAGAGCAGGCAGUGCGCGUUGCCGAAGCACUUAUUACCGUCCACGAAGAACGGCGUGUACGACCACAGCAAGAUGCUGGCGCUCGCCAUGAAGCUGUUCCACCGCGCGGUCGACGUCUCCAAGCCGUUCCACUUGACGCUGCUCGGGGUCGCGUUCACCAAGUUCGAGGAGCAGUCCUUCGGCAAGAGCAGCAUCACGUCCUUCCUGCGCAAGCAGGUCGCCGUCCAGUCCGUGCUGGACAUCACUUCGGAGGAGGGUAUCUCGGACGUGAGCCUAGGCUCACCGAUGAGCAUCAACCAGGACAGCAACGACGGCUCGGAUCAGUCCCAGUCGGCCACGAACGCGAUGAACACCUCCGGGCCGUCGAGCCUCUCCUGCUCGCCGAUCUCGAAGUCGCCGGGGAUGGCGGGCCAGAACGCGGAGGACGAGCUGCAGCACGAGGUGGAGCCGUUGCAGAAGAAGACCAAGCUGGAAGUGUGGCUGAGCGGCCGCCGAGAGUCACCGAGCAACGAAAUGGCCGACCUAGUGUUGGGCUCCGCCUCGCCUAUGCAGUGGUCACCCACCGUCGACGCCACCGUCAAGUCCUUGCCCUUGGAGAGGAGGGAAGUCACGCGUUCUUGGCCCACCACCAGCAAACCCAAACCAAACAAUAUACUUAAAUACUUCAUAGCUAAUAAGUGACCGAGCUCUGUGGUCUAGUAUCGAAUAUCUCGUCGCUUUUUUAUAUGUAUACGCUUGAAUCGACAACAUUGAAUGCCAGCCGCCGUGUGACACGAGGAAUAAUUGUUAGUCGCGCGUCUUGAUGAGAGAGAGGGAGAGAGAAAGAGAGAGAGAGAGAGAAGAGGAGGAGAAGGGAAGCAUCGACGCGUGGUUGAAAAUUAUCUCAGGUACGACCAGUUCAGCUCUCUCGCGUCACGUGAAUUUUCACGCCUCGAUCGAAAAUGCAUUUGCAGAUUUUGCGCGACGUAUAUAGUAUAAUAUGUGUAUAGCUAUGUGUUCAGUUGCAUUUAUUAUCUCUGUGCAUUGUCGUCCUGUUUGCAUAAACGCCGGGGAUGAUGAGCGAAAACGUAGUGUGGUAAGAUCACCAAUUUUUACGGUGAUAUUCCGUUUUUUUUUUUCUCAUAAGAGAAAGAGAGGGAAAGUACGGUGCAGACUCUAUAUCUAUUUGCUGUUACGUAUAAGAUUCUUUCACACAUACACGCAACCGCACGCACGCGCUUACGCAAAUGUUUCAUCUGUGUCGAUACACGUAGAGACGGACUCAUUUUUCCAUUAAGCGAAUUUAUAACGAAGGGAACAUUUUUACUUGAGACAUACCGUAAGAAGUUUAAUUACAGCAAGAGUAGAUUGAGUAAGUGAGGGAAACAGGAUGCACCCGAAAAAUCUGGAGGUGUGGCUGAGCGAGAGUCCUAAAAAUCUAAAAAGAAAGGAUGUUUUUUUUUUUUUCAUUUCACUCGGAAAACUGACGGUUUCUCUAAUAUUUUUACGCGUAACUGUUUCGAUGAUUCAUCUGUUAUUUCCAAUUAAUCCUUUUUUAAUGGACUGUUGUAUAUUCUCUUUUACUCAUAUUCUAAUGUAAUUAUCGUUAUAAAAUUCGUUUAACGACAAAGGUCGUUAAUAGAUUGCCGGAAUUCGGGAGAAGCAGAGAAAUUUUGUAGAUUUGGUUUCUCGUCGACGAUGCCGAAA